AGAAUUUUAUUGGGAUACCACAGUUUAAAACCAAGAAGGCAUGGCUGAUUGUUACAGUGACUUAUUAAACAUAACAGUUAGUAUCAUUACUUUAAAAACAAUGCAAAACGCUUUUUGAUCUCAGUGAUGAUACCAGAAACAAGUAAAAUAAUAAAUCCAUCUUCAUAUCUUCCUAAGCAGUAUUGUGUUAGUGGUAUUCAGCAGAUAGAAGUGCAGUUAAUGUUUCCAACAAUGCAUUCUUAAAACUUCAUUAGUCAUUAAAACAGACAAAUAACACAGAUAUAUACAUGUUAGUGCAUAAACUGGAAGCUAAAUGAGCUAUCAAAAUAUUGAUAUUAAAAUAUAUGCACUAAUACAAAACAAAAAAUAAAAACGUCAUUAGUAAAUGCAGCUGUGGGUCCUUUUAAAGCAACAUUUCACUUCCAAUUUUGUAAUUUCUCACAUCGACAUUUAAAGAAUGGUUUAAUUAAUAGUAGUUGCCUCUGGAAUACAUUCAGGAGCAGCGUAACUGGCCAUAAAACUUGCAAAAUAGGAUAAGAGUUUCAGAUUAUAACAGGAAAACCACAGGAAGCAUAAUCUCCACAGGAAGCUCAUUGUUCAUUCAAGGAUUUUCAUUACUAAUACCACAUAAGAAUUGGCCUGCUGGACAAAAACAAUAUAUUUUGCAGCAAAAUUAAAUAUGCUUCAGACAGGCACCGAUUUAAGAAAAUCAACAUUUGGCUGGUAUGUAGCUUUUAAUAAAAAAUCCUACACCUGCUGUAGUGCAAUAAUGAGAUUCGGAAGAGGCAACACAUUUUACUCUAGUUUGCAUUACCCUGUAACCCAUUUGCAUUAACAGCAGAUAUGAGUGACGAAACGCAGCAACAAUUUUACCUCACAAAUAGAGCAAUAUUUUUCCAACAUUUUGGAAGAGCUUUAAGACAAAUUCGAAUGAUGGAAUACACAUUAUGUAACCACAUAUAACAAAUAGCUAUAUUUAAAAGCUUAAAAAAGUAAAGAGCUAUAUGUUUUCAGUAAGGCCUCAUUAUCCUUCUUCAUAUUCAGUUUCCAAAUCCCCUUCAGGUUCACGGUGCGGUCUUUGUGGUUGUCUCAAUUUGGCCUUAGGUGUAAACAACACAGUUAAAAUAAGUUUAGUCAAUGUUGAUGAUCCAUGUCAGAGCUCGUGCAGAUCUCUCUGGCACCUCCACCAGCGACACUUAUCCUCCUUCCCCAGUGCAGAUAUUUGUAGAUGGAGUCAAACACUGACACUGUGUAGCGUGCAAACAGGCUGGUCCACUUCACUGCGUCCACCAUCCACUGCACUGUGCGCCCCACAAAGGCCACAAACACUGUGGUGUAGUGAAACAGCAGCAGCAGACUCCUCCCAAGCUGCUUCGCAUGGUUGAUGAUCAUGAUCAAACUUUGUUCAUGCCCUGCCAUCAUUAUACUGUUUGGAGGCUAAUUGAAUGUGUUUUUUUUAAAGUAUAUUAAAUGCAGAUACUCCCUAGAAAGUACACGCCUGUGAAUUUGCAGACAGUCCCUUAUACACGCAGAUCCCGGCUGUCCAAUCAGAACACAGGAAAUGUUGUUUCCGGGAAUGUUUGGUGAUGUGGCUAUGCUCUGACAUCCAUCCGAGGAAAUAUAUCACAUAAAAAGCAGAUACAUUCACCUGGAAAGCACUCGAACAGUGGCAUCUUUAUGUUCAGCCGUCUGGCCACAGUCCUCCAGGAGCUCUCUGGAGAGGAGGGCCAAGAUGGAGACCCACAGGGCAUGCUGGUGCCUCAGCUCCCCGCCGGUGAGGGCCAGGCUCCAGGGGAGUCAGAGGCCCCUGAGGAGGCCUUGGAGAGGCUGGCUCAUCUGGAACAACUGGUGGUCCAGCUGAAGGAGCUCAUCCGAGAAAAAGACACUGCGCUGUCUGACAAAGAUGCAAAGCUCAAGAAUGAGAAAGACGAAGCUGAGGCCCGCUUCACCAAACUCAAACUGCAGGCCAAAGCCAAGAUGGCUUCACUCAGCAAACAGAUCACUGAGCUGAAAGGACAAGGAGGAGCACCACAGAGUCCAGACAGCUCUUUCACUGGAGCCGGUACUGCAGUCGAGGAGGAGCUCCAAGAACUGAGGAACAGGCUGAGGGAGGAGGAGGCGAACAGCAGAGAGCUGCAGGAGCGACUCCGGACCACAGAGCAAACCCUUCAGGACAAGGAAUCUGCCCACGCUGAACAGUUGCAGAAACUGCAGGCUGUGGUCUGUGAGAAGGACGUGCGUUUCCAGGAACAGAUCCAGAAACAUGAAGAAGAGCUGCUCACAGCACAGUCUCAGAGUGACGGCCAGCUUCAGCAGGCCCUGAAUGCAGCACAGAGGCGCUGUGAGGAGCUCGAGGAGGCCUUAAACUCUCGAUCCCAAGUGCUGGAAAUGCUGCAGCAGGAAGUGAGCAGCGCUGAUCAACAGAAACAGAUCCUGACCGCUCAGUUCCGGCAGAUGGAGCAGGAGCUGGCCGAGGCCGCCAUGCAGCGGGAGGAGGAGAGGCAGCAGUGGAGCGGACAGGCCAGCAGGGCCGAUGCAGAAGUGGCAGCCCUCAGAUCCAGCCUGGAGGACUUCGAAAGGGACAGGGCGGAGCUGGUGAGGCAAGAUGGUGAGCUGGCCGCUUUGAGAGAGGCAGAGCAUGGGAAUCUGGAAGCUCUGGAGAGGGAGAGGAUGGAAUUUGCCAGAUUGGAGAGAGAGCUGUCUCUGAUGAAAGAGGCUGAAUUUGCAGCUGUACAAGCCAGCCAUGAUGCUUCAGAGAGCGACAGGGCGGAAAUACUGCGGCUUGAAAGCGAGCUUGCAUCCCUGAGAGAGGCUGUUGUUCAUUCCAGCGAAGACGCCUCAGAGAGGGAGCAAUCAGAAGUAGAUAAACUGGAGCAGGAGCUGGCCUCGCUGAAGGAGGAACAUGAAGAUGCCCAGAAGAAGCGGGAGGUCUUGGCUGAGAUUUGGAAACAUCUUCGCUUUUUGGCUGUCGAGGAUGAGCAAGCAGCAGAGGAAGUCCCCGUCCCUUCUGACCUCUCCCUGUUCCUGGACACUGUGCAGACUAUUGAGACACAACUGACCAGGCUGAGAGAGGAACGCAGUGAGAGCGAGCAACGCUGUGCACAUCUCACCCACACCAUGGAAACCCUUCAUGAUCAACUUGACAGAAAUACCACAGAACAUGAGGAAACUGCUGCCAGGAUACAACAGCUGGAGCAUAACCUUAUAACAACACCUGAAAGAGAUGAUGUGACUGAACCAUCGGGCCAGGAUUCAACUGAAGCUAAACAUGAGCACAUACUGGAACUAGAGCAGCAGCUUUUAGAAAGAGACAAGGAGCUGCUGGCCUUGCGAGAGUCCCUCAGACAGGCCACUGAGCAGAGCGCCAGUGGGGUUGCAUCGUCUGAAAACUACGAACAGACCCCAGAUCAGGGUCAGGAUGCCGAUACGCCCCUCCAUGACAGUUCUGCAGCUCUUUCUGGCUUCAUGGAGGAUUCACGUGACGACGAAACCACCUUAGUUGCCGAAGACACGUCAGUCUUCUCCAUGUCUGCUGGUACUGAGAGCAGCCCAGAGCUCAUCGGAGACCAGUCCGAGUCCCCGGAAGAAUCCAAAGGAGCCUCCUCAGAUGAGAUGGUGGCCAGUAGUGAUUCAGAGGUGGCCCACAGCAGCUGGACCCUCCUGGAAGCUUUGAAUCAAGAUGGAGGCCAAGAGUGGCCGUCCAACCUGCAGGACUUUAGCCAGCUGCAGUCCUGGGAGGCGACGAGCAUGGAGCAGGAAACCUCCACAGUUCAAGUCGAUUCCUCCUCUGUCAUUAUCAGAGAGACGGUUCAAGUUCACGUGACUCAGCAGAGUUCUUCCACCACAGAGGGCAGCAUAUCCUCUGGUCAGGUCUUUGCUCAGGCUUUAGCUGAGGAGCUCCAGAAGAGGUACAGUGAGAUUCUGGCUGAGCUUCAGAGGCUCAGAGAGGCAGCUGCAGAGUCACAGGAGAAAAUCAAGAGCUUGGAAGAAGAGACACAGUAUCUUACUGCUGCCAAAGAAGAAGCAGAAUCCCAGUCCAAUAGUUUUGAAGAGGAACUUCAAUCCACCAGAGAGGAGAUGGAAAAGCUCUCUCAGAACAGCAGCUCUGGGGUGGAGAAAUACGGUGUUGAAAUGCAGCUUCUAGAAGAACAGAUAGACAUUUUGAGCAGUCAAAGUAAAACUAAGGAAGAGAGGACCCAGGCCCUGCAGGCAGAUCUGGAAACAGCUCAACAAGCUUUCUCAGAGCAGGAGGGGCAUGUCAGGAUGCUCAGUGCUCAGCUGGAGGAAAGGGAGCUCCUCUCCUCUGAGCUCGAAAGGAGACUCCAAGAGAUGGAAAACAGCAUGUUGGAAUACUCUCAGACAUCAGAGCUCAAUAAUGACACUCUAUCAAUAAAGGACACGGAGAUCAGCGAGCUGCAACUCCUUCUCGGACAAAAGGAGCAAGAAGUGAUGGAGCUCAAUGACAGUAUGUCAGCAAAACUCCUCCAAGCAGAGGAAGAGAAGUUCCAGAUAAAUGGUGAAGUCAAAUUGCUGAAGGAGCAGAUAGUAGACUUUGAGAAAGUCAGAGACGAGAAACAGAAAGAGAGUUCUGAAGACUCAGGCGCUCAUGUAGAUGAUGAACUCACUAGUGUGCGAAAGGAGAAAGGCGUGCUGGAGACCCAACUGAUGACCACCAAGAAGAAGUUGCAGGCUGCACUUGUGCAGCGCAAAGAGCUCAUGAAGAAGGUUGCUGAUUUUGAUGUAGAAGUGAAGAAAUUGAAAGAGCGAGAGGUUGAAACUCCUGCAGACAUCCCAGAGGCAGAACAAUCCAGAGGGCAGGAGAUCCAGGAAAUGGACGCCAAACUCCUCGAACUCCAACAAACUUUAAGAACCAAAGAAGAGGCGGUUGAGGCCCUUGAUCUGAAGAUGACUCAACAGGAUCAAGCUCUCACCGAAACACUUGCCGUGAAUAAAAAGCUAAUUGAAGAAGCUGAACGCUCUCAGCAGGCUGACGGUCCCCCUGAAAUAACUGCGUUACAGUCCCAAGUGGCCUCUCUUGAAGCAGAGUGCGAAACUCUUCAGAAGAAAGUUCAGGAGGCUCAAGAAUCUCGCAAGGAAACCAUCCGCAAAGCCAAAGAGAAAGACAGGCACCACCGGGAACAGCUGAAGCAGCAGAAAGAAGAAUACAGUGAGCUCGUAGAACGAUCUGAGGAGCAGAGCGCUCAGAGAGAAGUUCUUCUGGCUAAAUUGAGAGAAUUAGAAGAACAAAUAAGCACUGAACCUCCCAAAGAGGCCAAGCAACUGGCUGAAAAAAUGGAAAAGCAAGUAACAAGUGAUUGGGUCCAGGAGGAAUGGGUGGAUUUUGCCACGUCGGAGACAGAUUCAUCACAACCACAAUCCAGUGAUCCGGUCCAGCAACCUGCAGAGCAGUCGGUCUUUUCUGAACAAAUGGAUGAGUCUUUGCAAGCCCUCAGAGGAGAGAUCCAGACCGUGCGGAUGGCUAACGCAGAGCUAGAGAAGCAGCUGCAGGAAACCCACACCAGUUUGUCACUGAAGGAGGCUGAAUUAUUGGAAUUGGGCGAAGAGCUGCAGGCCCUACGAGAAAAGGAAAGACAGAUUGAUGCACUCUCAGAGGAAGUUAAUGAUCUCAGAGAAAAGUUUCACCAAGCUGAGGCUUACGCUGAAACCCUGAAAGCAGAGAUGGAAAUUGCAGCAAAAGCAACAUCUGAAGAUUCCACAUCCUCCAUCACAACUCUUCAGGCGGAGGUGGAGGACUUCAAGGAGUUCCUCGACAAUAAGAACCUUGAAAUCAUGGAGCUAGGUCAGCAGCUUAGCGAGCAGAACUCUCUCAUACACUCGAUGCAGGACACGGUGUCUCAGAAGGAUCAGCUGAUAGUUUCUUUACAGGAAGAACUGAAUGCUGAGCAAGAAAAAUCCCAAAGGUUAGAGGUCGAGGUUCCACAGAAGCAAGAGGAAGAAAAAGACAGCGAGGCAAAGACCCAGCAGCUUCAAAGGAAACUUCAGGCUGCUCUGAUUUCUCGCAAAGAGGUCUUAAAAGAAAACAAAACCAAAAAGGAACAGCUGGCUGAAACUGAGAAGCUCAUUAAAAAGCUGAAGCAGAAAAUGGAGUCUGUUGAAAAUGAGCUGGAGAAGCUGAGAGCGGAAAGAGUCAGACUGAUUGAUGAAGUUGACCGGACAUUAGUGGAAAACCAAAGCUUAGGAUCAUCCUGCGAGAGCCUCAAACUGGCCAUGGAGGGCAUAGUGAGUGAGAAAGACGCCUGUAAGCGGGAAGUGGAGCUGGCCAGAGAAGAGGCAGCCAAAGCCUGCAGAGAAUGGGAGGAGAAGGUUCAAGGCAUGAAGGACGAGUACGAGACUCUGCUCAAGUCGUACGAAAACGUGAGCGACGAGGCCGAGCGAGUGCGGCGAGUCCUGGAAGCCGCCCGGCAGGAGAGGAAGGACCUCGCGACCAAGGUGAGGGCGCACGAGGCCGGGAGGCAGGAAGCUGAGAGACAAGGAGAAGAGGCACAGAAAGAGGUGGAUUUGGUGAAAGACAAAAUGAGAAAGUUUGCCAAAGGAAAGCAGCAGAAAAUAAUGGAGUUAGAGGAAGAGAAUGAGAGACUCAGAGAGAUGCAGGACAAGACCGUGGUAAAGCGAGAGGGAAGGGCUCUCAAAGCAGAGCUUGAAAGACUUCAGGAUGAGCUGGGGGCUUUGAAAGCUGACUUGGAUGCUACUGUGGCAGAAAGAGACUCUUUAGGGCAGCAGAUUGAGGAACUGAAGGAACAGCUUGCCCAAACAGGACCGAAAGAGGACAAUAGAACUAAUGCAGCUGUUGAAGAAGAGGUAGUCACUGCCCAGCAAUCAGAUAUAACCAUGACCACAGCAGAGCCUGUUCAGAGUCAGAAUGAAGACAAAGAAAAACCCUUGGAAGAAACACAAGCUGAACAAAUAGCUGCAGCGCCUGCACCAGAAACACACUCUGAGGAAAAAGCAGAAAUGACUGAAAGUGUUUUAUUAGAGGAGAAAAUGAGGGAGAUGGAAGCAGCUGUCAAUGCAGAGAGGGAACUGUGGCAGGAACAGGAGGCUAGCCUCAAAGCGGAGCUGGCCUCUCUUGAGCGAGAUCUCCAGGAGAGUAAAGAGAAGGAGAGCCUUGUGGCCUCUCUGGAGAAGUGCCUCCAAGAGGGCAAAGAGAGAGAACGGAGCCUGGUGGAGGAGGGUGCAAAGAGGGAGGCGCAGUUCAAAGAGCUGCUCAGGAGCCUCGAAACCGAGAAGGACAACCUGGAGGAGCGUCUGAUGAACCAGCUGGCCCAGCUCAACGGGAGCAUCGCAGACUACCAGCAGGAGGCGGCGGACAACCGGGAGCACUUGGCCGAGCUGCAGCGGGAGGUGGAGCGGUUGGCGAGGGAGCGGGCCGAGUUGGAGGCCGAGGCGCAGAGCGAGAGCGACCGGGCCGCCAGGCUGGAGGAGGACAUGAGGCAAGCGCAGAGAGAGAGAGCAGAAGCAGAAGCAGAGUCUGGUAAACAGAGGGAGCUGGAGCAGCAGCUGAGGUCCGCUCAGAGGGUCAGGGAAGGCAGCCAGAGCAGAACGCGGCAGCUGGAGGAGCUGCUGAGGGAGAAGCAGCUGGAGGUCCGGCAGCUGCAGAGGGACUGCAUCAAGUACCAGGAGAGGAUCAGCGAGAUGGGUAGAGACGCUAAGGCGCUGCAGCAAGGUUACGACGAGCUCCAGAAUAAGCUAGAACAAUCCCAACUGGAGACUUCUAAAACUCUAGAUGACCUGAAAAGGACAGAAGCAGAGUUGGAUACCUGUAAAUCUCAGCUGGUUGAGGCCCAGAAGCAGGCAAGCGUAGCUAUAGCGGAGAGGAAUACCAUGGAGCAGAACGCCCAACAGAGAGAGGCCUCGAUGAAAGCAGAGGCGGAGCAGACCCUGGACUCUGUGAGGUUCAGACUCGGAGGCGAACUGAAGGAGAUGGAGCUGAGACUGGACGAGGUGGACAGAGAGCGGGACAAGGAAGAAGAAGCGACCCUAGAGGCCAGAGAGGUCGCAAGAGCAGCCGAGAGACGAGCCCAGGAGCUGCAAGCCCGUCUGGACGAGUCUCUGGCCAGGUUAGCUGCCUUCUCGCGCUGCAUGUCCUCACUGCAGGACGACCGAGACAGAGUUUUGGACGAGACCAAACAAUGGGAGACUCGCUUUAGUGACUCUCUGCAGGGUAAGGAGGCCGAGGUGCGGGAAGCUGAGACACGAGCAAAGGAUCUGACAGAACAGCUUCAGAGAGAAUCUGCUCUGAAGGAGCAACUUCAGCUAUCAGUUGACAGGCUGGAGAAGGCAGAGAAAGAUUUGAAGCUGAAACUGGAAGGGGAGGAAAAGAAAGUCGCAGAGAGCCAAGCCGCCCUAGAGGAGGUGAAAAACAAGCUGCAGCAAACUACAUCCGAGCUCCAGGCUGCGCAAAGUGAAGCUCACGCUCUGAAAAGAGAGGCGGAGAGUCUCAACCAGAGGGCCAGAGCUCUGGAGGAGGCUGUCGGGCGGCUGCAGGGUGAAGUGGACCAAGCCAGGACAGAGCUGAGUGAGCGGGAGGCCGAAGAGAGGCGGCUGUGUCUGAACGUGGAGCAACUAGAGACAGACCUGCGCUCCUCUAAAGCCCUGACAGAGAGUCUGCAGACUGAGUUAAAUGAGAAGGAAAGGAGAGAAGUGGAAAUGCUGGGAGAGAAGGAGCAUGCUGUUGCUCAGGCUGCAGAGGAGGCUAGAAAGGAGGCCGACAGCAGGGCAAAGGAAGCUGAGGAGGAGCUGGAGCAGAGGAGAGGGGAACUGAGGGAUCUGGAAGAAAAACUGCGAAAGGCUGAAGAGGAGAGCAACAACAGAAAAACCAAACUGGACUCUUUCAUGAAGGCCAUGGGCUCCCUGCAGGAUGACAGAGACCGAGUGCUCAACAUGUACAAACAGCUGGAGGAGAAACACCUGCAGGUGAUGCUGGAGAAGGACGGUCUGAUCCAAGAGGCGGCAGGGGAGAACAACAGCCUGAAAGAAGAGCUGCGCUCUCUGCUGGUCCAGAGAGACGACCUGUAUGCUGAAAGGUCUCAGCUGUCCGCUCAGCUCCACGGCUACCGCGAUGAACUGAACCAAGUCCUGAGCAUGAAGGACUCUCAGCACAAGCAGCUUCUGGCAGCUCAGAGAGCACGCAUUGCGGAAUUAGAAAGUCAGGUAAAGAGUGUAAUCAGAGCCGGAGAGACGGGAGUGGAAGCAGUGAAAGUGGAAAGGGAGGCUCUAAGCCAGGCUGCACCACAGGUGAUAGAUGCUCCCGGUGCAGAGGUGGAGAAGCUAAGGGAGCAGCUGCAAGCAGCCAGAGAGCAAGUGGAGGCUUUGGAGGAGAGAUUACAGAAGGAGAGACAGGAGCAGCAGGGCAGGAGCAAAGAGCUGUCAGAGCUGCGAUGGGAGGGGGGGGUGAUGCGGACAGAGUCAGAGAACGCUCAGGAGAGGGUGGCGGAGCUGGCCAGAGACCUGCUGGCUGUGGAACAGAGUCUGCUGGCAGAGAGAGAGAUGACCACGCAGCUGAGAGCAGAGAAUCAGUCCUUCUCAAAAGCCAUGGCCUCCCUGCAGGACAGCAGGGACCAGGCUCUGAACAAGGCCCAGGAACUGAGCCUGAGACUGGAGGAGAUGAGUAAAGCAGGGGGCGUCCCAGUACCCAGCAGCCCCGGGGGCUCCACUGGAGAAGUGUGGGGUCUGAAGAAUGCACUACAAGCCCUGCAGAAUGACAGGGAGAGACUGCUAGAGCAGCUUCAGACACAGGCGACUGAGCUCAAGAAGCUGAAGUCAGAGCUGGCUCGACUUGGAGCCGGAGAGCUGAUUAAAGUCAGCCAGGAGCUGUAUGAAGAGAGGAAGAGGAAUGAAGACAUGCUCAGUAUCAUCAUGCAGCUGGAGAAUGUGGCGGAAAUGGGCAAACAGCAGAUAGAAACUCUCAGACUGGAGCGUAUGGACUGGAUGGCUCAGGCGGAGCAGCUGAAGCAGCAGACCCUCACCACUCUUUCAGAGAGAGACCAACAACUGCGGCAACUCAGCGCCAUGCUGGAGGAGGCCCGCACUCGGAAGCCCAAACUCCAGCAGGAACACUAUCAGAGAGAGGGAACAGAGGAAGUGGACAGCGCUCCCGGAGCCCCACAGGAGCGUAGCAGCCUGUCAGACAGCCAUGCAUACAUAGCUGAGGUCAAAGAGCUGCAGGGAAGGCUAGAUCAAGAGAUGCAGCAGAGAGUGGCUGCUGAGGAGCAGCUGAUGGCCACACAGGAUCAACUCAAACGUCACAGCCAGGGUACAUGGCACUCGGCACAGGAGGAGGAUCACUCGGAGACGGCUGUUUUUAUCGAGCAGGAAGGAGCCGUCACUCGAGCUCGGAGAGGCGGCCCCAGCUUGAUGCGGAUGCUGCGGGGGGCUUUCUGCUCCCGUCAGCGCACCCCUCUGCUGCUCAGCCUCUAUCUGCUCACUGUGCACAUCCUGCUGCUGCUGUGUCUGGGUGGGCUCCUCUGAGAACCGCUCCCUUUAAACACCUGACCAAUAGGAUCACGAGUUAGAGAGAGGAGGGGAAAGGAAAUGGAAAUUUGACGCAGACCUAACCCAAGCCAUCCAUAUCCAUCCAUCUGUUUUUUUUUAAUGUCAUCAAUUAUAAAAAGGUGUGUAGGAGGCUCUCCACACACACAUUGCACUUUACAGGACUUAAUGCUGCAUUCAUGCGCCCCUCGGAUAAUCCAAUCCACAGAGUUGGGAAGUCGUUCUUCUGCCUUUAUUAGCUUUAAGCCAUUAUGUGAAAACAACGCGUUUUGAGUGAUCAGAAGACUAGAAAGACUUAAUAUAAAGUCCAUUUAACAAUUACCAACAUUGACGUUACAGAGACAAUUUUGUAUUUUAUUAAUUCGAUAGAGCACGACACGCUGAUAGCAGUAUAUUUUUCCUGUCACUUCACGUGAACAGCAAAUUACGGUAUAACCAUAUUACAAAUAACAUAGGAGCAGAAAUCGAUAAGCAAUGUGUUAAUUAUUUAAGUUUCUUACUGUAUCCCAACUUUUACUUCUGUCCGCCAUGUUACUGCUUUAGAUAUGAGCGUUGUUGUCUCAUGACAUGAGAUUAUGAAGUUGUGUACCGUCCUAAAAUAACAUAAAUCCAUUUUAUUGUUCUGUCUUCAAGGGACCUAAGGAAACUUCCGAUUAUUCCCAAUAACAUGAACGCAGCAUUCAUAUUUUAUCCAAAGUAUUUAGAUGUAUUUAGUUUGUUGUUAAUGGUUUUAAUUAUGUUGCUUGUGUAUGACUUCAAGGGAAACCCGAGAAGGAAGGACACAGGAGACUAAGUUUGCUUUCUGAAGUGUGUCAUGAUGGUGUUCUUUAUGUGCCUUUAUAUUGGAUUUAAAAGGGUCACUUCAAGUACGGACUUACCAGUUUUGUCAGUUUUACCGAUUUCUAUUGAAAUGUUUGGCUGUUGAGUGAUGGAAAUCUUCCAUCCACUUGCAGUGAACUAGCGUAUUUGUCAAAAAUGUCCAACUAUAAUUUGAAGAUGGCUUGAGGUUCAGGACAUGCUGUUAUAAUCCAGUCUCUUCCUAUUCUACUCAUUAUAUGCACAAAAUCGGAGCACAGUGCAAUAUUUGCUCGUACACAUUCCUGUAGUGCGUUUCCUUUUCUUUUCCUCUUAUAUAAAUCACGAGAAAGGGGAGCAUUAUAGUGAUAUUUGUUAUUAUGUACGUAAGGUGGAAGUGGGUAUUCCCUCCUAACAUAUCCAAUAAGAUCCCCUCCCCGUCCAGGCUUCUGUUGCACAGAUUUAGAUUUUACAGUUUGCUCUGUAGUUUUUACAGCAGGUGAACAAUGUUACCGCAGUGUGGAUUCAUUCCAGAGGAGAAAGACUGCCGUCUUUCCUAUCAAUAUCCAUCCCAUUAUAAUCCACUCCAAUGUAGCAUCAUUUAAUGCCAUAGUAGUCAGAAUGAUCCACAUGUAUACUGACAUCAUCCUCUUGAUUCCUGUUUAUUUAAUCGCUGAGUGUUGGUGAAGGAUCUGUGCGCAUCUUCUUUUAACGUUUAUGUUCUUCAUGUGUUACACACUGAAAUAUACUUUAACUGUAAAUAACUUUAAAAAGGGCUGUAUAGAAAACUAAAAUGUAAUAAAAGUGAUGGUGGUUUAGAUCAGGGACAGAUCUUGUCAAGCAUUAAUUAUUUGCUCAUUUGUGUAGAAAAACCACAUUGGUAUAUUUUAAAUUACUGUAGUACUUUUGUCAGUAAAUGGUUUUAUUUAAUUCAUAAAAUUAAAACAAAAUGUUAUCCGAUGAUUGAGCAAACAUUUAUAAAUGUUGAAGUGACAUAACAACUGUGAUAUUUUAACAAUUGAACUGCUGGUUUUAAAACAUAAUGCUUCUCUGUGGGACUUUUUGUUGAAACAUUUAAGUUACAUUCACAAGUUAUUUUAGCACAGAAUAAAGAUUAAACACAUCA